AUGGCCGACCACGAAAAGAUCGAAUCCUCCACGCAUCACGAGGAGACUGUCAGCAACCCGGAUAUCAUCAAGCCGACAGAAGCAGGCGAUGAAGCUGCAAAAGUGUUGAACAGCUACGAUGGUCCCACGUCUUGGGAGGUUGCCGAAGAACGGAAGCUGAGGCGCAAGAUCGACUGGCGCCUCAUGCCCGUCCUCUGCUUCACCUAUGCCCUUCAAUACUACGACAAAUACAAUUCGGGCUGGCUCAUCACAACCGUCACAGCAGCCGCAGCGAGCGUACUGAUCCUCGUCUACCGCGCGCUUUGUAUCUGGGACAAUCGCCGGCGAGACGCGUCGGGGACGAUGGAACGCUUCGACCACGCCUACGAAGAUCCCACGGAUAAAGAGAACCGUCAAUUCCGAUACAUCAUGUAA